CCCACAUCCACACACCCCACACCCACACCCACACCCACACCCACACCCACACCCACACCCACACCCACACCCACACCCCGACACCCACACCCCGACACCCACACCCACACCCCGACACCCACACCCACUGCGGUUCCUGUAAGUUUCGAGCGAUCCGAAAGGUGGAAUUAUCGUCGUUGGGAGAUUGCUUAAAGUACCUGUCCGUAAGAAUUAUUGGUGACGGUUUUUGAUGGAAGAUGUGUUAGCGACGAUGGAACUACGUUUUCUUUUAUUUCUUUUCCAGACUCACGUCGUUCUCAUACAAAGAUACACUUAUAUGCUCGCCCAUCAGACAUAAGAAAGAAAAGAAUAAUAAGCACAAAUAGUGAGAGUAAUGAGAGAGGGACAAAAUACAACAUGAUGCAGGAAGUAAGGACAGAAAGAUAAGGACAAUACAUAAGAUAAGAAGAAAUGGUAAGGAUAGGUCAUACAUCACACAGAGAGUACACUCAAGCGGGUGCGUUACAUUAUUCACUCGUGUCAACAAUUAUAGAAGAAAGUAUGCUGUGUUUGGACUUAAUGUUAUUCCGCCUAGGUUUAUUUUAUAUCUAUAUGAAUUAUCAAUGUUCAUGAGAUUAAGAUACGACUAAGGCAUAUGUAUCUAUUUUGGGGAUCAACAGAAAAAGAUAUGGAGUCAAUAUUAGACCAGUUGAGAGCCAGUGGUGUUAAUUGAUUGCUUAUUGUGUUAGUCUGCGAAUAUUUCUGAGUUUCACUCAAACUUCCACUCAGAAUAACAUUGAUGCUAGCUAACUCUGCUGAAUUCAAUUCUAAGGCAACUACUGUAACUGAACCACGGAAUGAAAUUGACAUUGGUUGUUUAUUGUAGUUGAAAGCUACAAACUGCUGACCCGAUCUGAAUGCAGCAGCACUAUAAUAAAAGUUGUAGUCGUGAGUAGCAUCCCAUCGUUUUGAUUCGUUGAGAUAAACGUAGCCAACAUUGUUCCAAGUGAAUUGUUUGUAACCAAGAGGGAUAUAAUCAUAUGUAGUCGUGGGAUUUGGAAUAUCAUUAAAAUCAAUCACUGUGACCGCUUUCACUAUGAGGAUAAAAAGAUAAUGCCAGAAUAAGGUGAAUUUCGAAAAGAUCUAGUUUUAUUGAAAAGAAAUACAGAUUAAUUACGAUCGGAGGAAGAGAUAUAUUGAAAAUUUUGCUGAAAUUUCCCUUUCCUACCCUUUGUUAUGCUCUUACCUUUUUGAGUUUGUUUUUCUUCGAUAUCUGUCAUCACAAACUCACUCUCUAGAAUGCCCUUACAAAAAAAUUUGUCCAGUAUACCAUCACAUUCACGGACAAGGCAUGAAGUCCUGGUUACCAGAAUCUCGAGAUUUUCAUCCAUAUCAUCCAUACUACUAUAAUAAAACGUGGUUUACUGUCCGUCUGUUAUCAGGUCAAAGAUCAACAGAACAUGUCCUCAAGGGCUACCCUAUAGGGGUACCCAUAGGUCCUCAAGGGCUACCCUAUAAGAGUGCCCAUAGGUCCUCAAGGGCCUCUAUAUAGGAGUACUCAAAGUUCCUCAAUGGCUAUUAUAUGAGAGUAACUAUUAGUCCUCAAAGGGUAUCCUAUGGAGGUACCCAUAGGCCCUGAAGGGAGUAACGCUGUAAGGAGGUAGGUAAUAAGCGGUAAGGCAAUAAGGAGAUAAGGCUACAAGAGCUACAAGGGAUAUAAAGUUAUAAGGUCGAAGGCUACAUGGGCUAUAAAAACAUUAGCCAUAGUUGAUGAACAUAAUCCACGUUAUUUUAAAGUAGUCAUUGAUGGACCUAGUGAAAGUCCAUAUGAAGGUGGUAAAUUCAAAGUUGAAUUAUUUUUACCUGAAGAAUAUCCAAUGGCACCACCAAAAGUUCGUUUUAUGAAAAAACUUUAUCAUCCAAAUAUUGAUAAAUUAGGUCGAAUUUGUCUUGAUAUUCUCAAAGGUAUUUAG